GAAAUGCGUACAUGCAUUUUACUUCUUCUCUCUCUAUACGUUUGCUACGGCUAUAAAUUUCUUGUAUAUUCACCCAUCUAUGGUUAUUCUCACACAAAUUUCAUGGGUGCUAUAGCGGAUACACUCACUGAAGCUGGGCACGAUGUGGUAAUUUCCAAAGGAGUGAUUACGGAAGAAAAAUUGAUGAAACAAUUACGAGAUGAAAAGUUUGAUGUCGGCAUUUCUGAAGCACUCGGCAUGUGUGGUUUUGGCGUUUUUGAGCUUGCCCAGAUACCGGCCUCCAUAGCAACCCUCUCAAUUGUCCAUAAGGAAACUGUGGCAGCUAUGAUUGGCGAGUCUGUUAACCCAAGCUACGUUCCAGGACCAUUUUCUGUCUCUGGUGACCGUAUGGGAUUCUUGGAUAGAAUUAAAAAUGUGCUGGGAGUAAUUGUCGGAGAAACUUUCUUCAAAGGAGUAUUUAAUGGUGAGGAGGACGCUUUUCGGAGGAUAUAUGGGCCACAAUUCAAAGGACAUAAGCAACUGAUAGCUGAGUCAUCUUAUCUGAUGACGAACUCCAACCCAUAUCUAGACUAUCCUCGUCCAAUGCUGCACAAGACUGUACCAAUUGGAGGCAUUGCUGUGUCAAUAGAUUCUAAGAAAAACAAACUUUCAAAGGUGAGUUUGAAAGUUUUUUCUGCUGGCUAA